UUUAGAUGUCCUGGUAAAUGUAUCUAUAGCAUUCUUAGCCUUUCUUUGAUAUCUUUGCUUUAUGCAUCAUAAUAUUAUUUUUAAAGAUAUCAAUUGCAAUCCUUAUAAAACUAAGAAUUAUUUUCUAUUUGAACCAUCCUUAACCUGAGAUAAUCAUCUACCUGCUAGCAAAGUAUACUCUAACAUCCCUAUACACACUGACCUUCUGAGAUUUCUUUCUUCUUUUGGUAUGAACAGCCAAAAAAAAAAGAAUACCAUUGUUUUGGACCUAUUUACUAUAAAGGGAAAUAACUCUGAUCUACUAUGUAGAGGACAAUUCUCAGUUAUUACAACAAUUCCCAUUUUCUAGACAUUGGUUUAAAAUGAAAAUUAGAAAACUGGAGAAGGAAUAAUUACCAAAUAAAAAUAUUGCACUAAAAUAUUUGCUAAGCAUCUGGAGGAAAGGUAGAAGAGAUGGUUGUGUCAUUUCCCCCAUUCUGAAUAAACUCCAGUGGCUCCCUAUGACCUCCAGGAUCAAUUAUACAGUUCUCUUAAAAUCCUUCCCACUCUGGCCCCUUUCUACAUUUCCAGGUACUUAGACAUCUCUCCCUCCUUCUGCACACUCAGUGACCCAAUUGUUUUGGCCUAUUUAUUCCUUGAAGAUGAUUUGAUUUUCCAUCUCCGAUCUAAAAAACUUUCAAACUGGUUAUCUCCCAUUUCCAAAAUGCUGCUCCUCUUCCUCCUCACAUUAACUUUUAUGACUUCCUUCAAGACUCAGCUCAAAUUCUACCUUCUUCUGGAGGGCUUUUUCCCCUCCUUCCUCUCCAAACUAACCUUGCAUCCACUCUGUACAUAUCUUCCAUGGUUUACGUAUUGUUUUCCCCAUUAGAAUGAGAGUUCCUUAACUCCAGGGACUCUUUCUGCCUUGCUUCGAAUCCCCAGAGCUUAACAUGUCUGGCAUAUGGUUAACACUUCAUAAACACUUACCAGUUCAUAUAUAUUUAAUAUCUAGUAUUGACACAGCUCUAAAUAAUUCUAAUGUUGGCAAAGAGCUUUAAAAAUAUUAUUAUAAUUUAUCUUUUCAACAACUCUGUGAAAAAGAUGCUAUUAUUAUACCCAUUUUAUAGAUGAGGAAACUGACAAAGGUUGAAAUGGGACUAAAUGCUGGUGCUUUUUUUAAUCGUAUUUGAAAUGUCUAGCUACCAGGGAUUUUAGCUCCAUUACUUGUUUCUAAGAAUAGGAAACCCAUAUUGCUUAGAGUUCUUACAGAAUUUUUGUUCAGAAAAUAUUUCUGUACCUACUUUGAUACUUCUAUUUCCCCCAACGAUGUCAGAAUGAAGGUGAAAGGAGAAAAGAAUAGGACCAAAAGGGGGAAAAUAGGAUGGAAGGAAAUACACAGUAGACAUAAAUGUGAAAAAAAUUUAUAGCAAGUUUCUCUGAUAAUGACCUCAUUUCUCAAAUACAUAAAGAACUGAGUCAAAUGUAUAAAAAUGCAAGUCAUUCCCCAAUUGAUAAAUGGUCAAAGGAUAUGAACAGGUAGUUUUCAGACAAAGUAAACAGAACUAUCUAUAGACAUGAAAAAUGUUCUUUAUCACUAUUGAUUAGAUAACUGGAAAUCAAAAUCACUAUGAGGUACUACCACACACCUAUCAGAUUGGCUAAUAUGGCAGGAGAGGAAAAUGACAGAUGUUAGAGGGAAUGUAGAAAAAAACUGGAAUAUUAAUGCAUUGUUGGUAGAGUUGGAAUCUGGUCUGAUCAUUCUAGAGAACAAUUAGGAACUAUGCCCCAAAGGCUAUAAAACUGUGUACAAGUAAACCCACUACUAAGUUUGUAUCCCAAAGAGAUCAAAGAAAAGGAAAGAAGAUCUAUAUGUAUGAAAUAUUUAUACUUCUUGUCAUGCCAAAGAACUAGAAAUUGGGGGGAUGCCCAUCAGUUCAGGAAUGGCUGAACCAAUUGUGACUGUGGCAGACUAUUGUGCUAUAAGAAACGACAAGCAGGAUGCUCUUGGAAAAACCUGGAAAGACUUCUGUGAAUUGAUACAAAGUGAAAUGAGCAGAAACAGAAAAACAUUACUCAGUAACAGCACUGCUGCUGUAGGAUUUGUGAAUGGCUGAGUAGCUAUUCUCAGCAAUACAAUGAUCCAAGCCUGUCUCAAAGGACUUUCGACGGAAAAUGCUAUCCACCUCCAGAGAAAGAACUGAUGGAGUCUGAAUGCCAAUGCAAAGCAUAUUUUUAAAAACUCUUUUCUUCUGGCUUAGAGUCAAUACUAAAGUACUAAUUCCAAGGCAAAAGUGGUGAAGGAAUAGGCAGUGGGGGUUAAGUGACUUGCCCAAGGUCACACAGUCAGGAAGUCUGAGACUCUAUUUAAACCCUGGACCAUCCAUCUCUACCUUUCUAUCCACUGGGCCACUUAGCUGUCCCUAAGGCAAUUUUUUAAACUUAAUUUUUUCUUGUUUGUUUGUUUUUGGUCUCUGUUUUCUUUUAUCACAUGACUAAUAUGGAAACAUAUUUGCAUAACUGCACAUGUAUAACCUAUAUCAAAUUGCUUGCGUAUCAGAAAAGGGGGAAAAGAGGGAGAGAGGGAAUUUGGAACUCAAAUUUUCAAAAAAAAAAGUCUAAAAAAAUUUUACAUGUAAUUGGGUAAAAAAAAAAUCUUUUGAAAUCAAUAAGUAUAUAACCCUAAAAAAAGUAAGACUGCUUUGAAUAUAGAUGGGCAGUUGGUACCCAUUAUCUUAAGAAAAUGUUUUAUUGACUAAAACUCUAAACAAAGAAAAUAAAAUCAAACGGGCUCGUUUGGUUCAGGUAUGGACUGGUAGAAAAUUCAGAUUGUAAUGUAGGAUGAAGAUAUCUGUUCCUGGUGUUCUUUUGCUAAAGAGAUAAAUAUCAAUGAGAACACUCAGGCCAAGAUAAACACUCCUGACCUACUAAACUUUGUUAGACUGAAUUUUUCCUACUCUGAUCUCCUCAUUUCAUACGGCUUGCAGAUUCUUCUAGAAAGAUCUCUUCAAACACAAGUUACCAAAUCAAUGCUGGGAGUUUAUAUUGGUUUUGAGAGUGGGUCUUUCCAAAUAUGGAAAUAUGUAUUGCAUGAUAGCACACUCCAAAUGUGAGGAAAUGAGCGUUAAAAAAUUGUUUCUAGGGGGCAGCUGGGUAGCUCAGUGGAUUGAGAACCAGUCCUAGAGACAGGAGGUCCUAGGUUCAAAUCUGGCUUCAGCCACUUCCUAGCUGUGUGACCCUGGGCAAGUCACUUGACCCCCAUUGCCUAGCCCUUACCACUCUUCUGCCUUGGAGCCAAUACACAGUAUUGACUCCAAGAUGGAAGGUAAGGGUUUAAAAAAAAAAUUGUUUCUACAUGCAAUUGGAGGGGAAAUUAAAUAACACUGGGAAAAAAGCACUAAGACUCCCCAUCGAGCCCAACAAAGUUUGGGGGCUGAUCACAGGUCCAGUCCCACUAUAGAUCCCCAUGCCCUGAGUUUGGCCAUUUCAACUCUCUUUAGUCAACCUGAUAGUCCUCCUUGCUCCUGAGGACUCACCAUUCUGAUACCAAAUUUGGUGCCGAUAGCCAAUCACCUGAGCCCAGCCCAGCUCAGAAUUCCUUUCACCUUCUCUGAGAAUUAGGAUUAAAGUCAUAUACUAUUAGAAUAAUAUAUUGAAAACCACAUGAUUAUAUGGAUGCUGAAGUAGCCUUUAAUAAAAUGACACCAUUUAUUUAUAUUUAAAAUAUAAGGUAUAAGACUAUGUGGACCUUUUUUGUAAUGAAUAAAAGCAUUCAUUUGGAAAAAAAUAAUAAAUAAAAAUAAAGGUAUUUGCUACCCCUGUGGUGCUUUGUCUUUUAAAAUGACUUUGCCAAGCACAUUAAUCUUCGUAAGUCUAUGGGAAUUUAUUUAUCAUAGAAUCUUGGACUUUAUCUGAUCCAACUGCCUCCCCAAUAGAGAAAAUAUCUCCCUUCUCAGUUAGCCUUCCAGACUCUACUUGAAUAUUCCCAUUGAUGGGGAACUCAUUGCCUCAGAGGAGAGUCUAGUCCAUUUCGGGCAUGUCUAAUAUAAAAUCCAUCUUGCAUUGAUUUGAAAUCCACCUCUAUAGUGCCUCCAACCUUUGGUCUUAAUUAGGAAUGACAUACCAUAAAGCCAAUCCUCCUCGAAUAUGAUGGCUAUUUAAAUAUCAGAUAUAAAUAACCUUGUUUCCCAUCAGCCUUCCCUUCCCCAGAAUAAACAUGGUCACUCUCUUGAACUAUUUUAAGUAGCUUGGUUUGCCCUGAUCUUCUUAAAUUUCUUGCUACCUUCUUUUUUUUUAACCCUUCCCUUCCAUCUUAGAAUCAAUACUGUGUAUUGGUUCCAAGGCAGAAGAGUGGUAAAGGCUAGGUCAUGGGGGUUAAGUGACUUGCCCAGGGUCACACAGCUGGGAAGUGCCUGAGGCCAUUUUUUGAACUCAGAUUUCCUGCCUCCAGGCCAGGUAUUGUAUCCACUUCACCACCUAACUGCCCAGACAAGAAAUACAUGUGUAAAUAUAGUAUGAAUAAACAUAAAGAAAAUAAAUAGAAUUCAAUACCGAAGUAGUUAGCUGAAACUUUUGUUGUACCUACACCUGAUAGGGAGAACACUAGCCUUUGGAGGUAUCAAGGAAAUCUUCCUCUAGAAGCUGAUCCUUGAGCCGUGUAUACCUACAAGGAAAAAGAGGGAUUCUUUGAGGUGGAGGAGAAGUAAGCUAAUAUUCCAGCCAUGGGUCAGCAAGGAAAGAACCAAGCUUUGAUUAAGCACCUACUAUGUUCCAGACACUUUACAAAUAUAUUAUUUGUUAGAAGCAACAACUCUGGGCAGAUGGAGUUCAUCCCCAUUUUACAGCUGAAGAGACUGAGGGAGACAAAUUAAGUGACAAGUAAGUGUCUGAGACUGAAUUUGAACUCAUCUUCCUGAGUCCAGACCCAGCACCUUCUAUUGCAACACCUAGAUGCCUCUAGAGGCAAUCAAUGCCAAGGGAUGAUGGAGAGUUGUUUUUGAGGAACAGAGAGAAGGUUUGCUGGGCUAGAUUGCCGAGCAUGGGAUAGGAAGUAUCAUACUAGGAGAGAAAUGUGAUUCAAACAGGGUAGACUAACCAUUGAACUAUCAUUUUCCUAAUUCUAGAUUAUUUCGUUCUUUUCAUUCAUUAUUUCAUUAAUGCAUUUCUGGCAAUCCUAAGAGAGUAAACUAAAGGUCCUGUGUCUUUUUUUCCCCUUGUGAACAGCAGCUAUUAAUUAAGCCUAUGAUUCUGCAAUUGAUUUUUUAAGCCAGGCUGCAGAAUUUGACAUUUAUCCCUGAAAAAAUUUUCACCUUGUUGUCCCCAUUAUUGUAGCCAGUUAAGAUCUUUUUUAAUCUUAGUUCUGUGAUUCAACAUAUUAGCUCUCAGUCCCAACUUGGAAUCUGUAAAUUUAAUACCAAUCCCUUGUCUGUCUUCUUCUGAGUUAUUAAAGAAAUCAUUAAAGAGGCUGGAUAUUGAACAGGACCAAGCACAGAGUCUUGGAGAACAUCAAUAGUGGUUUUCCUUCCAAAUGAAAGUAACCAGCAUUCUCUGGUACAAUUGUCCAUCCAGUUAUAAGCCCAACUGGGUAUUUAUCAUCUAGUCAACCCUUCUCCAGUUGCCCAUAGGAAAAGAGAGAAACAAAGACAUAAGAGUCCGUGACAUUCCCUCAAUCUUUCUAGCAACAAAAGGAAGUCAAGUUUGUCUAAAAUGACUCAUUCUUAGACAUCUAGUAAUAAGGCCUCCUUGUCUCAGUAUUCACAAACCACCCGUUUAAUUAUGAGUCCUGAGACCUUUCUGGAUAUCGACUUGAAGCUCUCUCAACAGAUUUGUUCAACAUCUUCUGCCCAACCCUUCAAAAUGCAAGUAGCCACCUCAACGAGUUUGAGCUUCUCUUCUUCAAAUGUCGAUAAAAGCCCUUAUUGAGUUUCUCUACAUAUUCAAUAUCAUGCUAGCUACUGGGGAAGGAGGCAGAAGAAAUUUGAUAUAAUGGCAAUUCCUAGAAAAAGAAGUCUGGAGGAAGCAGAGACGGGGAAGGAAGGAGGGAGGACGAUACCUGAGCCACAGAGCAGGGACUCUUGUCUUAUUUAUAGAUUAACUGACUCCUAGAGGCUUCUCUUUCGGCAUCCCUUCAUCAUUUAUUUAAAUGGAAUGGCAUCUUCCCCUGAGUUGCCCUUGAUAAUAAAAGUCAUGUAUCUUUCAGUAAGCAUUCCAUUAUCCACACAGCACAUACUAAGAGGGGACCAGGGGAAAGAACAAGCCUUUGUCUUCAGAAUGUAUGUCCUGGAAGGAGCCCGGGGACUCUCUUUGUACAAAGAUGGAAGUUUGUUCUCAUAACGUGUUGGGAGAGUGUUAGAGGUGGAGCUUAUCAAAUACAGUCCCCUAGUGUUACAGAUGGGAAAAAAAUAAAAUAAAAAUAAAACUGAGACCUAGAGGAGUAAAAUGAAUUGUCCAAGGUCACCCAGGCAUUAGAAUAUUAGAGAAGGGGUUAAAUCAAGAUCCUCUGACUCCAAAUUCAGGAAUCUCUCCCUUACCUUAUUAUCAGAAAUGUUAGGCAUCUGAAGAAUACUUCUGAGGAUCAAAAGGAACUUUUAAAUUAUUAAUAACCAGACCUAUUCUUUUACCCAUCUACUAAGAAUUUGCUGAGGAGCUGAUAAAGGAUUUAAUUAUUACUAUUACUAUUAUCAAUGUUAUUCCCAUUUUCCUCCAUCAAAUACUUCUUAUCCAUGUUACCUGAGUAGUCAAUAUACCUCUCUCUGCCUCAGUUUCCACAUUUGCAAAAUAGAGAUGAUACUAGAAUCUAUGCCAAUCAAUGCCAAAUGAGAGAAUAUCUAUAAAGAGUUGUGCAAACCUCAAAGCAAUAGAUAAGUAUUAGCUCUUAUUAUAAAGUGGAUUAAGGUGUUCAGCCAUGUCAUCUUACAUGAUGCUUACAAAAGCCCUGUGAAGUGGGUGCUAUUUAAUAUCCCCAUUUUAUAAAGGAAGAAAUCAGUUCUCAGAGAAGCUAAGUGACUUACCUGGUGUCAUAUAACGAUCAAUAAUAAUAAUUAUCAUUAUUUUUCUUAUAGCUAGAAUUUAUAAGGUGCCUUACAAAAGCUUUAAAUAUGUUGACUCAUUGAUUCUCACAACUCUGUGGGAUAUAUGCCCUUAUCCCCAUUUUACAGAUAAGAAAACUGAGACACCAAGAGUUUAAGGGGCUUGUCAGAUCUGAGAUGGGAUUCGAACUCAUGUUUCCUGACUCCACAUCCUUGAAACCUAGCAACUGCAUCACCUAGUUUGAGAUGACAUUCCUGUCACAUUUUCCAAACUUCAAGUCCAAGACUCUAUGCGCUAGGCAACACUGCCUCCUAUAGGCACUGUGGACAAUACCAAAGAAGAAUGAUAACAGUGAGCCUGCCUGCCCUCAAGAAUCUUGCUGCCUAGGUCCAAUUGACUGUCGCUGGCCAACAUGAUGAAUCUCCGGUACAUGAAGGAUUACUUUGCCUGGCUGUAUUACCAAUACACUAUCAUUAGCUGCUGUGCUGUCCUGGAGCCCUGGGAGCGAUCCAUGUUCAACACCAUUUUUCUCACCAUCUUGGGAAUGGUCGUGUACACAGCCUAUGUCUUUAUCCCCAUUCACAUCCGCCUGGCAUGGGAGUUCUUCUCAGAAAUAUUUGGAGACCAAAGUACUGCUUAAGUCUCUAACUGAAAUUGCUCAAUACCAAUAGGAAGGGCCUCCGCACUCUGCGAAGUUCUAUUACAUAAUGAUGUUGUUGCUUAGGCAUUUCUGAUUUCUGUGAACGUUGCAUCCUCCUGAAACAUCUGACCUGAAAAAUGGACUCUUAUCUAUGCACUACUGUACACUUUCUCAGUUUGAAAAAAUUACUCAUUGUUCGCAAUAUGCACCAAUUAUCUACAAUGCAGUUUGUCUCUAAGAAAAAUACUUUUCACAGUCUGUAUUUUCUCAUAAGAAAAAGUAGAACUUUCUGCUCCUCAGAUCCAUGGCAUUAAGUCUAUUUUCUAUCAGAACAAUUUCUUAUCUAAAAAUGUCUGGUAAGUAACAGUGACAGGUACUUAGAAAGAGCAGAGGAAGGAAGGGUAUUUGGGCACCCACGGUAGAAGGGUAAAUGGUAUUUCUGUAAGGAAUGCUGCAGGAUAUGUCUUUCCAAUUGUUUGAUGAUGUGUGAGAGAUGUGAAACAAAUUACAGGAACCCUUCAAGGCAUCAGUCUGCUGGAAGGCUGCCCAUUUCUUCUGAUGUUUGCCCUCAAAUAUACAAGAAGGGUUUAAGGUUUACCUUUGCAGAAAAUGGCCCAUGUAAUCUUUUCUCCCAAAGCAUGGUCAUCACUAGUGUUGUGGUGGUUUCAAAUCAACAGUGUUGGUUUUCCAGAAUCAAGGAAUUAUUGUCAUUCAAAGAACUGUGAGUGCAAGAGACUAAAUCUGAUUAAAGCCAGUUCCGCUAUCAUGUCUUCCAAAGUUGUCUUGCCUUGCAUGAUAUAAAAUAAAUAAAAUUUUUAAUUUAAUUUUUAAGAAGCAAAUUGCUUUCUUGUUAUGCUAUCACUCAGUAGAGCAAGAAAAGCAUGUGUUGGGCUAUAAGAGGUUGAGCUGAUAAAUAGACUGGAAAUAAUAUUCUCACAGCAAGAAGUCUAUAGCUCCAACUAAAGGCUUAAAUAGAGUGAGUGGCUCCUUUGCAGAGCAGCAAAGAGAUUUAUUAAAUCAUCUUGGAAUGUUUAUCUUGGAAAUGAGCUUCUAAUUAUAUUGUUGCUUCAAAUGUGAAUGCCAAAGAGCAAGCUUUGUACCAUUUUUUUUCCUUUAUGGACAUGCACUAGUGUUGAUGGCACGGAAGGAGAGAAGUAAAUAGCGUUUGAACACUAUCUGGACAAUGAGGACAUGUCAUGAAGAAAUUACUUAUUUGGGAGAGUUCUUGAAAGUAAAAGGUUUUGUGCUCAAGGGAAAGAUUUUUGUAUUUGUCAAAAAUAAGGGCAUGUAUUGAAGAGGACCCAGACCUGAAUACAGAUAUAUUGUUUUUUGAAAAAUAAAAGUUAGUUUAAUUGUUCA